GCAAGAGCAGCCAGUGCUCUUAAACGCGGAGUCAUCUCUCCAGCCCGUCCCCUGCAGUCUUUAUUGUCAGGACAGGUAGCUAUAAGGGCUUGUUAUUGUGUGAUAAUCUUCUUUCUGGAUAGCAGUAAGUGAGCUCUAUAGAGGUCAGAGCAAGUGGACCAAGGCUGGGAAAGCCCCUGUGCAAGGAGAAUGCUUAAUAAGAGACCCUGAAGAAUGAGAAGAAGCCAGCACUGGGACAGCCUGCUGAGGGAGACGAAGGCUCAGCGUGUUUGGGAACAGAAUGGAAUGCAGUGUGUCCAGGGCGAGGGAGGAAUGCAGCAUGGAGAAGGCUGGGGUGGGUAGGUAGGUUCCAAGCAGUGCUGGAGAGCAGCAUCUGGAGUCCAUGGGGCUCCGAUGUCUCUUCAGAAAGCUCUCACUGGGCGCCUGUGGUGGAGGAGCUCUUCUCCCUAGGACCGGACUCGGGUUGCCAAUCAGAGUGUCUUGGGAAAUAAUGAGGUCUGUGCAAGAGGAGAUCAGUUAGGCAGAGAGCGUCUGGUGUCUGUGUGCCAAGCCUUGGGCACUCCUGGCUGGAGCUGUUCUGUGUUAGUUUUAUCCAGUGUGCCUGGGGCAGCAGUGGCCUCUCCCUCUGGUGGUUGACAAGCCAGCAGGAGACAAGUGAAGAGCAGAAGUUGUGGUCAGGCCUUAACUGUAGCAAGAAUCCCACAGAUGCUGUCCUGGGAGGCCUCAUAACUUACUGGGAUUCAGUUCUUUCCAUCCUGUGUGAUGCGAUGCUGUGGCUUGUUGGAUCUGUGUACCCAGUGCAUGUUGUUGAGUAAGUAGCUGGUAGCACAGGCUGGAACUUUGUUGUUGUCUUGAGAGGAGCAAGGCAUUAGUGCAGGUCAGGGGCUCAGGACAGUGCUGCCAGCUGUUAGUACCCAGGGUAUUCUGGUCUCAGCUAGUUAUUGGAGUCAGGGCUUGAUAGCUAUGUUAUUCUCCUGCCGAACUGUUGAUCAUCAUGGGUUUCUUUGGGCCCUGCUUAGUUACUGUCCUGUUCUAGGAGCCCGGACCCCAAGUUUUCUUCUUCCCUGUCCCAGGCCUGGGCGUGGGGUGAUGAGAGUAUAGUUGGGCUGUGUUUGUGUGUGUGGUGUCCAGGCAACAGCCGCAGCCUCGAGAUGAGCAUACUUCCUCUCUCCCGGCUGCCACCACCCCACACCUCACCAGGCAGCCUUGGGGGAUCUGCUGGGAUAGGCAGCAGCUGUGCACUAGAGGUCAUGAGAGCAUUUGGAUUUGUUCAGCAAAUAAAGUGAAUCUGAAGCCAGAAGUUCAGAUGAUAUCCUUGCUCGGAUACAGGACAGUGCAUACAGGCUCAUGGGAUGGGCCAAGGUCACUGCAGGCCGUUUAGCUUUUCCUUGCAGGCUCUGGAUGGUCCACACUGAGGACUUCAUCAGGCCUCAAGCUGAAAAUGAAAGUGACUUCUUGUACUGCAGGGAGGCAGUCCGGAGGCUGAGGUGGUGGGCUCUGGGUUCCCUGGCAGGAUUGGGUGCUGGUCACAGUGCUGAGCACAUGUGCUGUACCUGUGGAGCUCCUGUGCAGGGCAGACCCGUGUGGAGUCUGCUCUGGGGCUGGGAGGGGUGUGUGUGCUUGGUCACUGUGCUGCGCCUUGUCCGUCAGAGGUCGGCAGGUGUGUGUGACAAAUGGAUUAUGCCCGUGCUUGCAGGGCGCCAUGUUUUGGAAGUUUGACCUGCACACAAGCUCUCACCUGGACACACUGCUGGAGAAGGAGGACCUGAGCCUGCCGGAGCUUCUGGACGAGGAGGACGUGCUGCAGGAGUGCAAGGUUGUCAACCGGAAGCUCCUGGACUUCCUGCUGCAGCCAUCCCACCUGCAGGCCAUGGUGGCUUGGGUCACCCAGGAGCCCCCGGCCAGUGGUGAGGAGCGGCUACGCUACAAGUACCCUAGUGUGGCCUGUGAGAUCCUGACCUCUGAUGUGCCCCAGAUCAACGAUGCCCUGGGUGCAGAUGAGUCCCUCCUAAACCGGCUCUAUGGCUUCCUGCAGAGUGGUGACAGCCUCAACCCGUUACUUGCUAGCUUUUUCAGCAAGGUCAUGGGCAUUCUCAUCAAUCGCAAGACAGACCAGCUUGUGUCCUUCCUGCGCAAGAAAGAUGACUUUGUGGACCUGUUGCUGCGGCACAUUGGCACCUCGGCCAUCAUGGACCUUCUGUUGCGCCUGCUUACUUGCGUGGAGCGGCCCCAAUUGCGGCAGGAUGUCUUCAAUUGGCUCAACGAAGAAAAGAUUGUCCAGCGGCUCAUUGAGCAGAUCCACCCAUCAAAGGAUGACAAUCAACAUUCCAAUGCAUCCCAGUCCCUGUGUGACAUCAUCCGCCUCAGCCGGGAGCAGAUGAUCCAAGGCCAGGACAGUCCGGAGCCAGACCAGCUGUUGGCCACCUUGGAGAAGCAGGAGACCAUUGAGCAGCUCCUGAGUAACAUGUUUGAGGGGGAGCAGUGCCAGUCCGUCAUUGUCAGUGGGAUCCAAGUGCUGCUGACCCUCCUGGAGCCUAGGAGGCCACGGUCUGACUCUGUGACCAUGAACAACUUCUUUAGCAGCGUGGAUGGGCAGUUGGAGCUCCUGGCCCAGGGGGCCCUGGAUAAUGCAGUAUCCAGUAUGGGUGCCUUGCAUGCCCUGCGUCCCCGGCUUGCCCGCUUCCAUCAGCUCCUGCUUGAGCCUCCCAAGCUGGAGCCUCUCCAGAUGACGUGGGGCAGCCUGGUCCCACCACUGGGUAACACAAGGUUACAUGUGGUCAAGCUCCUGGCCAGUGCUCUGAGUACCAACGCUGCUGCCUUGACACAGGAGCUCCUGGUGCUGGAUGUGCCCAACACCUUACUGGACCUCUUCUUCCACUACGUAUUCAACAACUUCCUGCAUGCUCAAGUGGAGGUGUGUGUGAGCGCCAUGCUGAGUUCCGGGCCCCCUCCAGACAGCAGCUCUGAGACACCUGUCCCAAACCCUAUCUUGAAACAUCUCCUUCAGCACUGCCGCCUGGUGGAGCGCAUCCUGGCGUCCUGGGAGGAGAACGACCAUGUGCAGUCUGGAGGGGGCCCAAGGAAAGGCUAUAUGGGCCACCUGACUCGGGUGGCCAACGCCGUGGUGCAGAAUGCAGAACAGGGGCCCAAUGCUGAGCAACUGGGGCAGCUACUAAAGGAGCUGCCAGAAGAUCAGCAGCAGCGGUGGGAAGCCUUUGUGUCAGGACCCCUGGCUGAGACCAACAAGAAGAACACAGUAGAUCUGGUGAACACUCACCACCUGCACUCCUCCAGUGAUGACGAGGAUGACCGCCUCAAGGAGUUCAACUUCCCCGAGGAGGCUGUCCUGCAGCAGGCUUUCAUGGACUUCCAGAUGCAACGCAUGACCUCAGCCUUCAUUGACCACUUUGGCUUUAAUGAUGAGGAAUUCGGGGAGCAGGAGGAAAGUGUGAAUGCGCCAUUUGACAAGACUGCCAACAUCACCUUCUCCUUAAAUGCUGAUGAUGAGAAUCCCAAUGCCAACCUGCUUGAGAUAUGCUACAAGGACCGCAUCCAGCAGUUCGAUGACGAGGAGGAGGAGGAGGAGGAGGAGGGCCAAGGCUCAGCAGAGUCAGAUGGAGAAUAUGGCGCCUGGCAGGGCAGCCAGCCAGCGAGGGUGUCCCAUGCAGGCCAGCCCCCCGGUGUCCGGAGUGGAGGAAGCACAGACAGCGAGGAUGAGGAGGAGGAGGAGGAAGAAGAGGAUGAGGAGGAGGGGGCUGGCCAGGCCGUCUCUGGGAGGACCAGCCCUUCCUCCUUGCCCAGCCCCAGCCCUCAGCCUUCUGGCCCAAGUUGGACAGCCACCUUUGACCCAGUGCCUAUGGAUGCCCCAACAGGACCCUCAGUUUCCAAGGAGGCAGACAUAUCCUCCACCCAGAUCCUGACCAGCCCUCCAGCCCACGAUGCCCCACAGCUCAGGUCUCAGGACCCCACACCCCCCUCAGCACCUCAGGAAGUCACAGAUAGCAGCAAAGUAGCAGAGCCCUUGGCCCCCUGCCAGGCCUUGGUUAGUGUUGCGGAUGUCCAGGCCACUCUGCACGGGAUGCGCUCCGCCCCCAGCUCCUUGGACAGUGCAACCAGAGACCCCUCUACCUCUGUCCCAGCCUUUGAGGCCCGCCAGUCCCCUCAGACCGUGGAGGGGGAGAAGAGCCCAGAACCUUUGGGGCUUCCCCAAAGCCAGAGUGCCCAGGCCCUUGAGAUGCCCAAUGGCUCUACCCCAGCAGGGCCUGUUUCAUCGGGUUCCCAGUAGCUGCCCAGCGGCAGCGGUGGCCAAAUCCUCUGUCCUUCCCAUGGAAUCCCCCAGUGGGGCAGGAUGGGUCCUUUGGUGGCCCUCUACCCCAUUAUAUCCUACAUUCUCUCCUCUGGACUCCAAAGGAGGCUGGUGCCAGGGAGAUGCCCUCACCCACCCCCAUUUGCACUGAGAAGAGAAACUAUGGAGCUUUGUCUCCUAGAAUAAAGAUAGUCACAUAGAGAGAAAGGAGAGAGAGAAAAAAAAAAAGAGAGAGAGAGAAACAUAUAUUAUAUAUUAUAUAUAUAUAUAUAUAUAUAUUGAAGGAGGAGUAAGAAAGGAAGCCAGGACAAUAACUGGGUCAGCAGCUCUGAAGCACAACCUCCCCGUCUGUCCCAGCGGGGACUGGCGCUGGGGUUUGAGGCCGCUGACCCGUGCUCUGGUGCAGAUGCUUACACCCAGCCUUUCACUCAGGACCACCUUGGGGUGUAACAGAGGGCAUUAGGCCCAUAUGGCCAUGCGUUUGUUCAGACCUUGCACUUCGACCAGGCAUCUGGCCCCUGGCCCUGGGGAGCAGGGCUUCCCUGGCAACGUCCCCAGAGGCCCAGAACCGGGGAUUCUGGGUGCCCAAUGCCCUGAGGGUCCCAGCACUGCUGCCAAGUGGCCUUGUCCCAGCUCCUUCCCCCAGGCUGGCGUGAGUGUGCAAGUAUGUGUGCAGAGCUUGUGUUUCAUACUGCAAAUAUAAAUAAAGGAAGACAGCUGAA